GAGAUUCACUGACGAGAGAAAGAGGAAGAAAGAGGAGGAAGAACGGCGGCUUCUGGCGCUGUUUUUGAGUCAGUUUGAUGGACACAUGAGGGAAGUGGAGGUGAUGAUGAUGAUGAUGAUGAUGAUGUGCUUCCCCCCCCCUCCGUCGGCUCAGGUGAGCCCCGGGCUCCGGACGCAGUGCUAGCCAUGCAGCGGCAGCCCGAGCCCACCUCCAGCACGCUGCAGCUGGUCGCCAACGACCUGACCGGCAUCAUGGAGACGCUGGACAGCCGCGAGCUGGACCUCGGGGACGGGGAGUACGACACGACCGACGCGCACGGCUCAGCCGAGCGCCUGCCCUUCGCGGCCGUCUACCACACGGUGGCCUUCAAGGACCCCGAGGCCCACGUCUUCCUGUCCUCGCCGGUCACGGCCAAGAUCCUGGAGGUGGAGCGGUUCACCAAGAACCAGGACCGCUUCAACGUGACGGCGCAGAGGAGCGUCAACAAGUCACUACCGGCGGUGUUUAAGAUCGAGAUGAAACACGGCGAGUUCACCUGGCUGGUGAAGAGGAAGGAGAAGCACUUCAUGGAGCUCCACAGGGAGCUGAGGACCUACAAGACCUUCAUGAAGCUGCCGCUGCCCACGCGGAGCCACACGGUCAGGAGGCUGUCGGCGGCGAGGUGCGAGGUGAAGCCCAUCCCCAACCUGCCCAGAGGAGGAGGAGACGAGCUGGAGAGAGACGGCCAGGUCUCCAGCCGACGGAAACAACUGGAGGAUUACCUGAACAACCUGCUGAAGAUGCCGAUGUACAGGAACUACCACGCCACGAUGGAGUUCAUCGAUAUCAGCCAGCUGUCCUUCAUCCACGACCUGGGACCGAAAGGCCUGGAAGGAAUGGUUCUGAAGAGAUCCGGAGGCCAUCGGGUCCCCGGAUUGAACUGCUGUGGUCGGAGCAGAGUGUGCUACCGCUGGUCCAAACGGUGGCUGGUGGUGAAGGACUCGUUCCUGCUCUACAUGAAGCCCGACUCGGGCGCCGUCUCCUUCGUGAUGCUCUUCGACAAAGAGUUCAGCAUCAAGAUGGACUCCAGAGACACGGAGACCAAACACGGAAUCCGCAUCGACAGCUUGUCCAGGUCGCUGGUGCUGAAGUGCAGCAGCUACAGACACGCCCGCUGGUGGGGUCAGGCCAUCGAGGGCUUCGUCCAGAAACACGGCGCCGCCUUUCUCAAGGACCACCGCUUCGGCUCCUUCGCCAGGGAGGAAGUCAACAUCCCCUCCAAAUGGUAUGUUAAUGGAAAAACAUACAUGGAGGACGUGGCUGAUGCUCUUGAAGAAGCCACAGAAGAAAUCUUCAUCACAGACUGGUGGUUGAGUCCGGAGAUCUUCCUGAAGAGGCCGGUUGUCGAGGGCAACCGCUGGCGCCUGGACUUCAUCCUGAACCGCAAAGCGCAACAAGGCGUGCGGAUCUUCGUGAUGCUGUACAAGGAGGUGGAGUUGGCGUUGGGCAUCAACUCUGAGUACAGCAAGAGGACGCUGCUGACCCUUCACCCCAACAUCAAGGUGAUGCGUCACCCCGACCACGUCUCCUCCGUCGUCUACCUGUGGGCGCACCACGAGAAGAUCAUCGUCGUCGACCAAUCCGUGGCCUUCGUGGGCGGGAUCGACCUGGCGUACGGUCGCUGGGACGACCGGGAGCACCGGCUGACGGACGUGGGGAGCGUUACCCUCUCCAACCUGGAGCAGGGUGAAGGCGGCUCCUCCGGAGCGGCUAACAGCGCCGCCGCCGUCGCCCAGGGCAACGGGAGAGGCCUCUUCACGGUGACGGACUCGCUGGACCAGCCGAGGCUGAAGGGUCAGGGGAGGACGAGGAGGAGCCGGUUCAGCAUCAGGAGACACCUGCAGAAACACGGACUCGCCCACGCCGACAGCGACAGCAAGUUGGAGGAGGCCGAGAGAAGCUGCUCGACGCACAGCCUGCCCACCGACGUCGGGGCGCUGCUGGGAAACACGCGCUUCUGGCACGGGAAGGACUACUGCAACUUCGUGUACAAGGACUGGAUCCAGCUGGAAAAACCCUUCGCCGAUUUCAUCGACAGACACACGACCCCCAGGAUGCCGUGGCACGACAUCUCCUCGGUGGUCCACGGGAAAGCUGCUCGGGACGUGGCCCGACACUUCAUCCAGAGGUGGAACUUCACCAAGCUGGUGAAGCCGAAGUACCGCUCUCUGUCGUACCCGUACCUGCUGCCCAAGUCCCACACCACGGCCGCAGAGCAGCGCUACCAGGUCCCCGGCUGCACGCCGGCCCGAGUGCAGAUCCUCCGCUCGGCCUCCGAUUGGUCGGCUGGCAUCAAGUACCACGAGGAGUCGAUCCACAACGCCUACGUGCACGUCAUCCAGAGCAGCCGCCACUUUGUCUACAUCGAGAAUCAGUUCUUCAUCAGCUGUGCAGACAACAAACACGUCUUCAACAAGAUCGGAGACGCCAUAGCCGAGCGCAUCAUCAGAGCACACAAUGAGGGGAAGAAGUUCCGCGUGUACGUGGUGACGCCGCUGCUGCCGGGCUUCGAAGGAGACAUCAACACCGGGGGGGGCAGCGCCAUCCAGGCCGUCAUGCACUUCAACUACAGGACCAUGAACCGAGGAGAACACUCCAUCAUCUCCCAGCUGCAGAGAGCGAUAGGCGACACGUGGAUGAACUACAUCUCCAUCGCCGGCCUGCGGACCCACGCCGAGCUGGAGGGGAAGCUGGUCACCGAGCUCAUCUACGUGCACAGCAAAAUGCUCAUCGCCGACGACAACACCGUCAUCAUCGGGUCGGCCAACAUCAACGACAGGAGCAUGCUGGGAAAGAGGGACAGCGAGGUGGCGGUGAUCGUGGAGGACUCGGAGACGGUUACCGGGGUGAUGGACGGGCAGGAGUACCAGGCUGGAAAAUACGCCCUGCAGCUGCGCCUCGAGUGCUUCAGGAUGAUUUUGGGUGCCAACACGGACGUGUCCAUCGACGUGUCGGAUCCCGUCAGCGACCAUUUCUACAAGGAGAUCUGGAUGUCGACCUGCGCUCGAAACGCCGCCAUCUACCAGAAGGUCUUCAGAAGUCUUCCGUCCAGCGACGUCCGCAGCAUCGUGGAUCUGGAGGGCUACCUCGCCGAGCCGGGCCUGGACAAGGACGACCCGGACCGGGCUCGCGAGGAGCUGCAGAGGGUCCGCGGCUUCCUGGUCCAGUUCCCGCUGCAGUUCCUGUGCGAGCAGAACCUGCUGCCCCCCAUCGGCUCCAAGGAGGCCAUGGUGCCCAUGGAGGUCUGGACCUGAGGCCUCGGGACCGACUGGUGCCGUUUUGGAGGUCUCAGUGGCUCAAAACAACCUUCUGAAACACUGCGUCAGUGCUCUUUAGUUACAUCAGACACAUCUGCACUGCAAAAUAUACUAAACUACUUCUUUGUGCACGAAAAGUCUCAAAACCUCCUCAUCGAUCCCCUCGGUUGUGAUGUCACUUCCUCGUGGAAGGUCACAUGAUCAAACCGAUGGAACGUUGCUCUGAAGGGACGCUUUGUGAGAUGUGUUGCCAUCUAGGGGCGGGUUCGCAGAUUGCAACAUGUUAUACAUAAUUACGCCUCCAAAUUGAUAAUAAAAUAAAUGUACAUGUUCAACUCGCCUCCUGGAGGACAGGCCUUUAGCUGCAGAAGGACCUCCAGAAUGGCGUCGGUUGUGGUUGAGGACAGGAGCCGUGCACAGGCGCGUGCACGUGAGCCAGGUCACAACGUACACGCGUGUCGCUGGGACAACGCGGAGGACACGCGCGUCCUGACGGACGGACGGACGGCGGGGGGGGGGGGCAAAGUGAAGGAAGGAGGGGACCUUAGUGAGGACGUCUCCGGACGUCUCUGAAGCUUAAUAUUUAUGUCAAACAGGAAAUCACAAAAAGUGCCAAAGUGGCAACGAGAUGCUUCUGCGUUCAGGCGUCACAUGACUUUCCUACUUUGGGGAAAUCUUUUUUUCAUUUCUGAAUAAACAUCGAGUAUUUGUUUGUGGAGUAUAUUGGGGCCUUGGGGACUAAAUUCUUGUUGUGAGUGUUACAUGCAAAAUAAUCAGCGACCCGAGUGAAGCGCCGCCGUCCUCCUUUAGUUCUUCUGUUGGAUUCCUCUCAGGUUCGUGCGGGAUGACUUUGUUCCGAUGUCGUUAACAUCAGCGUUCAGAAGAAGGAAAGCUCCUUCAGCGCCUUUUGGUUCUGCCAAAGGAACACGUGAUGGAAGCUUUAAGAUGUUUAUCGGUUUAAAUACAAAGUCCGAUAACCAGAGUUAUUUGGGUGAAAGUUGGCUUUCUUCUUCGUUGGUGUGUGAGCGAUCUGCACGUGCGCUUCUAUGGACUCUACCUCCCCGCGUUUCUACCUGCGGCUCCUGUGCGUCUCUUCGGGCUCCUGAAACCUGACGCCUGAGGCCGCAGCUUCAGAAACGCGACUUUAAAUCACUGUGUCUCUUUCUAAAUGCAGCAUUUGCACAGUGCGUUGUUUUCUCCGGUGAUCCGCACGCCGUUUGUGUCUCUUUGUGAUGUGGACGGAAUAAACAAAGUGAUGAUGA